AUGAAUUGGUACGAUUUUCUGGGAAAAUGUGGUAAAACUCUCAAAAUUUUAGCACUAUUCCAUCCAUAUUCCCGUCGACUGCACCUCGUGAUGUUAUUGGGAUUUGGAUUUUGUUGCACUACAUUUAUGCGGAUGCAUCUGGCCAUAACCAUGACAUGCAUGGUAAAUUCGACUGCGAUAUCACUAAUGGAAGAGGAAGUCUAUUAUCCUGAACAUUUCAAUAGCACUAUUGACUACGAGUUAGUUGAGCAGAGACGAGCAGAAGAUGGACAUACGAUAGUUGUGGAUUAUGGGGGUACGCUGACAUGGUCUCAUCAAAUGCAAAAUUUCAUCUUUUCUGGGACAUUUUGGGGUGCACUCGUCGUUGUAGGCCCAUCCACUUUGGUUUAUCAUCGGUGCUCACCUCGCCUACUGCUUGUUGCAGCAGUUGCAAUAUAUAUUGUCUCAACAGCUGUAACUCCUUUUCUAGCCGUGCAUUUUGGAACUUAUCCCGUUUUCAUAGCUCGUGUUUUUAUGGGAUUUGGAGAGGGUUUUGUUAUACCAUCCAUUAACGCAAUGAUUGCAAAUUGGUUUCCUGUUGAAGAAAAGGGUACGGUAUUAGCACUGUAUACGACCGGAAAUCAAUUCGCAGGUACGUCGCAGUUAUCUUUCAAAAAGAAUUUGCAAAUGAAUUAUUGUAGCAAGCAAGACAAGAAAUUUCCAGGUGCCGCUGGAAAUCCCCUUGCAGCUGCGUUCUGUGCCUCGUCUCUGGGAUGGCCUGCUGUUUUCUAUUUCAUAGGUGACAAUUAA